ACGUCAAUUUUGUUUUUCCUUUGCAUUUUAUUUGAGUUGUGCCAAUAACUUUGUUUUUAAAGUUUUGCAAUAAAAUAUGUUUUCUUUAAUAUAUAAAGAGGAAAAUGCUCAUGAAGACGGUAUAUGGUCUUGCGGUUGGGCUAGAAUUCAGGAACCGGCAAUCGAGUCUAGUUUUGAGGAGGAUAGAGAUCCUGACGUAAGUCGUGACUCCCUAACAGCAAAGAAAAAAAAUGAGCCUAUUGAUUUCGUCGUAACUGGCGGGCUGGAUGAUUUGUUGAAAGUUUGGGACAUUAAUAAAGAUUCUACGCUCAAACUUCGGCACACACUUAAGGGACACGCUUUAGGUGUAAUUUCGGUUGCAAUCUCAUCUGAUGGAAAAAAAAUAGCUAGUAGUUCUUUGGACUCAACUUUGUGUGUAUGGGAUACUGAGUCUGGAGAGCGCAAACAUCUAUUAAGAUUAGGUCCGGUUGAUUUGUGGACGGUGGCGUUUUCGCCAUGCAAUAAAUUUAUUAUAUCGGGUUCACAUACUGGUAAAAUAUCAAUGUAUAGCGUAGAGACUGGCCAAACAGAGCAGGUGCUCGAUCCACAAAACGGAAAAUUUACACUAAGCAUAGCUUAUAGCCCGGAUGGAAAGUAUAUUGCGAGUGGCGCUAUUGAUGGUAUCAUAACUAUAUUUGAUGUUGCUGCUGGUAAGGUUGUACAGACUCUGGAAGGUCACGCUAUGUCUGUGCGUAGUUUAACUUUUUCACCAAAUUCCCAGAUGUUGUUGACGGCAUCCGAUGAUGGACAUAUGAAACUUUAUGAUGUUGCACACUCCGAUGUAGCUGGUACGCUUUCAGGACAUGCAUCUUGGGUACUCUGUGUUGCAUUUUCGGAGGAUGGUAAACAUUUCGCAUCGUCCUCUAGUGAUACAACAGUUAAAAUCUGGGACUUUGCUGAGAGAAAGUGUAUGCAUACAUUUAAGGAACACGCAGAUCAAGCUUGGGGUGUAUCGUAUAACUAUAAUAAUGAUAAAGUGAUUUCAGUAUCGGAGGACAAGUGUCUUAAUAUAUAUAACUGUCCACCAAAUGCUGUUGUUUAGACGCAUAUAUAGAUCUAGUGCAAGUACAAAAUUCUAAAGUUUUAAAUUUUUUAUUUUUCAUUAAAUAAGCAUUUUCUCAUUUGAAUCACCAACCGUGUAAGAUUUUUGAUAAAUAAAAGAAAAACCGUUUACUUUGUUGAAUUUGAA